AUGCUUCCAAACUUUUAUGACGCGUUCCUGAAGCCACCAGUGCAUGCCAGUAACUACCCAAAAGAUGAACGAACUAAUGACACAAUAAGUGCUUGUGACGAUUUAUACAGGACAAGAAAAUUGGCCAUCAAAAGACCGUUUUCAAAAGUUUGGGAGAAAGUGAAAGUGCUAGAAAUGCCAGACAUACAUCAUGAUUUCCUUUUUUCAAGUCAGAAAGUAUGCGAACAACACAAAAUAGAACAAGCUGUUCAAGCAAAGAGGCCUCGUCGAUUAUAUAUUGGUGAUCAUCAUCCAAUGGACUUAAAAGAAUCUAGGUCUUCCUUUAGGAUUUUCACAGGAAUAGGGAACAGGUGUUCAACCAACAAGCCUAAGUCAUUUUUAGAAGUUAAACAGACAACUCAACAACGUUUCGUUGUAAAAGAAAAGGAAAUGGCAGCCUUUUUCAAACUUACGAAUGAUGAGCAUGUACAAGACUUCCUUUAUAUGGAUAAGUGUAGAAAAAUAUCUGACAAGUAUUUGGUGGCCAUGGUCUUUGCCUUUUUUAAAAGAGCACAGUUGAAGAUCAGAGAGUACACACGCAUGAACUUCUUUAUUGCAUUGUAUUUGGCAAAUGAUAUGGAAGAAGAUGAAGAAGAGGCUAAAUAUGAAAUUUUCCCAUGGGCUCUUGGUCACAAAUGGAGGGACAGGUUUCCUAGAUUCCUAAGAAGAAGAGACUUGUUCUGGGCUAAGAUUGGAUACAAAGCUGUUGUAAGCAAGCGUUGUUGUGAAGAGAUCAUGGAAAUAGACAGAGAAUCUCCGUUAUGGAGAAGAAAUCGUCCACUCCAUCAUGCUGGAGCAGUGAGGAGUUACAAUAAAGACCCUGAUGAUGACGGCUACCCUAGAGGACCAGAAGCAUCUCCAAAGUUCUGUCAAGACUGCAACAUUGACAGUCAGUACCUUUCUACUGCUAGUCCUGCAUCAUGUAUUCUGUCUUCUGUGGAACAAUCUCCUAUAUUUUUUGAUGGGCAAAAUUCAACUUUUGAUAUGAAACCUCUAAAGAUCACUCUGCCACAAGAUGAUGCUUGGCCAAAUUUAGAGGAAUGA